CAGGGUAGUGUGCAGUAACCAGGAGAAUAUUUUACUUUAUUUUGUGAUACAUUAAGUUGAAAUAAUAAUAAUUUAUUUUUAGAUUAAUUAUGUUUACAACAAUUGUGAUUGAGUUUUAACGAAAAAACCAUGUGCGAUAAUGUAAACAACAAUCCAUUUGCUGGAUUGUUUUCAACUAUCAACGAUGCCGUAUCAUUCUCGUCUCAGAAUCAAACUAUUAUUAACGAAAAUAAUAAAGUUAAUCAUGUUGCACAAAUAGAGGAUAAAAACAUUGACAAUAUUACGGGAACCAUAAAUUUUCAAGAUUCCAAAGAUUCUAAAAUCGAUAAUCAGGUUAACUGCCUUCUUGGUGAUAUACUUGGUAUAACAUUACAUGGAAUUGAAGCAAAUGAACAUCAAAAACGUAGAUUGAUUUUCGUUAAUGUUGAUUCAAUCGAACAAGCAGUUUUUGAACGAUUAAUGUUAUCUGAUUUAGAAUCCAAAUUAAUACCCAUUGAAAAUUCUCAACAAAUUUUUACUGAUUCUCAUACAAUAGAAAAACAAGUAAUACCUUAUUUGUUUGAAAGUUAUUGUCGAUUACAAAAAUAUCAAAAUAAACCAGAAUUUUCUAAUAUUCUUUGUAAAAUAAAUCAAAUUAUAUUGCAAAAUACAAGUGUUGCAUUACAGGAACCAGAAUUAUUUGAAGAACAAAAGAUUCACAAUCAAUUUAUUGCACUAUGUAUGGAUGGAACUGAACUCAAAUCAGAAUUUUUAUCAUUUAUUAAUGGUAUUGUAUUGGAAUUACAAACAGAAAAUGAGAAAAAUGCUACAGAUGCAAUAGCUGUAUCUUUUAAUCCUAUUCUUGAUAUAAUUUAUAAAGAGGCAGCACAAAGUAAUCUUGUUCUUUUUCGUCAAUAUUGGUUUACUAUAUUAAGUCUUUUUUCUUCAAUAGAACCUUUAGCUAAAUUAUUAAUUAAUCAUAGUACUCCUAAAAAUAAUCAAGGUCGAGCAUAUGCAGAUACAUUAUUAGGUGCACUUUUUAGUUUAAGUUGUUUACCAAAAACAAUAGAAGAACCAUUUUACUUUUUUGAAAAACCAUUGCAAUUAACUUCAGCUACUGUUGAGGGAAAUAUUUGGACAGUCUUAGAUGCAUUAAAUGAAUCAUUACAAAAAGUUUUUCAUUUAUUAUUAAAGUGUUCAUCAGAAGUUCGUCAUUUAACUUUACAAUGGAUAGGCAAUUGUCUUCAUUCUAAUGCAAAUAGGGGGAAAAUUUGGAAUGCUCAAAAUGAUGUGAGUUUUAGCUCAAUGUUAUGUGUCUCUGAUGGUUUUAUGUUAAAUUUAGGAAAUGUGCUAUUGCGUCUUUGUCAACCAUUUUGCAUUAAACAAAAUGAUUCCAAAGUGCCUAAAAUUGAUCCAACAUAUUGUGCUGCAGAUGUUAAUGAUCAGAAUGAAUGUAUAAAUUCAAUUAUACAUUUAAAAGGAAUGACUUCAGAAACUUGUUUGAUACCAACAUCAGAAGGUGGUGCUAGACCAGUAGCAAAGACAUUUGGAUUUACUACAGAAUGCUUUUUUUUAACUCAUAGAGCAUUAGAUCUUGGAUAUAGAGUAGUAUUAGACAAACUUUUAAGAACAAAUCAAGAUUUGGUAAGAAUACAGAGAGUAUAUCAGGAUGCUCAAAAUGGUGGAAGAUCAGAAGUAUUUGAAAUGAUAACUCAACGUAUGGAAGAAGAAAUGACCAAAUAUUUAUCUCUAAGAGCAAGUCUUUUAGUACCAGAAAUGUUAAAACUUCUAGCAAAAUUUCAUGCAACAACAGCAUUUUGGUUAGUACAAGUAUAUUUGAAUGAAGUUGGAGAAAAUGAACAAAAUGAUUACAUUCCAAAAGAAUGUAAAGUGGUAACAUUUCCUCUACCAGAAACUGUUCCAGAUACUUUAAGAUGCAUUCCUGAAUUUGUGGUAGAAAAUACCAUUCGAUUUUUGUAUUUAUUACGCCGUUUAAAUCCAAAUAUUUUUGAAGAACAAGGAUCAGCUUUUCUUACACCUGUACUUACAGAGAUAAUAGUAUUAAUGGAAUCUCAACAACGUUUAUAUAAUCCUCAUUUACGUGCUCGUCUGGCAGAAGGUUUAGAAGCUCUUUUACCUACAAGCGAUGAAACUAUGAGCCCUGUAACACCAAGUUUAGGGACAUUCCAUAGAGAACAAUUAUUUAUUACACAUCCAUAUAGACAAUAUAUUGUUCCGAAUUUACUUAAAGUAUUUGUAAGCAUUGAAAUGACUGGACAAAGCGUACAAUUUGAACAAAAAUUUAAUUAUCGACGACCAAUGUAUGUUGUUAUGGAAUAUUUAUGGAAACUGCCAGAACAUCGUAAUAAUUUUAUUUCUUUAGCUGAAGAAGCAGAAACUAAUAUGGAAGCAGCUCAACCUCCAUUAUUUUUGCGUUUUAUAAAUCUUUUGAUGAAUGAUGCAGUUUUUUUAUUAGAUGAAGCACUUUCAAGCAUGGCUCAAUUAAAACAAUUGAUUCAAGCAAGGGAAAGUGGAGAAUGGAAUAAACUACCACAACAUGAACGUGAUCAACAGGCUCAUUAUCUUUUACAUCUUGGAAUGAUAGCUCGAUUUGAUAAUAUAUUAGGUAGAAAAACUAUAUAUACAUUAAAAAUGUUAACUACAGAAAUAAAAUCCAUCUUUUGUCAUCCAACAAUGGUGGAUCGUAUUGCUUCAAUGCUUAAUUAUUUAUUGCUUCAAUUGGUUGGACCAAACAAAAAAAAUCUUAAGGUUAAUGGUCAAAAAGAAUAUGCUUUCAAUCCAGCAAAUUUAGUAUUAAAUAUAUGCGAAAUUUAUAUAAAUCUUAGUCAAAAUGAAUCUUUUACGCUUGCUGUUUCGCAAGAUGGUCGUUCAUAUAGUUCAGAACUUUUCAAAUUAGCUGACAAUGUUCUUGUUCGUAUCGGUGGCGUGGGUAUAUUAGGCGAUUUAGAUCAAUUUGCAAAAAAUGUAGAAGCAGCUGCAAGUCAUAAAAAAGAAGAAGAUGAAAUUUUAAUUGAUGCUCCUGAUGAAUUUCUUGAUCCAAUUAUGUCUACAUUAAUGACAGAUCCUGUCAUUCUUCCAUCAUCAAAGAUAACUAUAGAUCGCCAAACUAUCGCAAGGCAUUUAUUAAGUGAUCAAACCGAUCCCUUUAAUCGAUCUCCUCUUACUAUGGAUAUGGUAAAAUCAAAUAUUGAACUUCAACAUAGAGUACAAGAAUGGAUUCAACAAAAGAAGCAAGAAAAAACGAGAAAUUGCCAUUGAUCAAAACAGUUGAUAAUAAAUAUAACAAAAUAUGAUCAAUGGUAAAUUCAGAGUUUUACAUUAUUUAUUAAAAUUUCGUUAUUUCAUAAUUUACAGAGUGGUAUAUAUUUUUCUAUACAAAUCCUUAUAGAUAUGUACAGCUAUCUAUUAUUGUCUAUAAUUAUCAUCAUUCUAUAGAGAAUUCUGAUAUUGCAUUUUGUAGAAAGAAUUGUUCUACAAUAGUGUAUGUAAUAAUGUAAUCGUACAGAAAAAUAUUGUUAUUAUUGUAUAAUAAGUGUAAAAAGUAUUCGUUAUAAAGAUUCUUAUGCAUAACUUAAAUGAAAUAAGUGUUAUAAAUGAAUUAAUAAAGUUAAUUUCUACCAUAAUUAAAAUA